UGCCACUCUCUCUCCUUGUGGAGGGUGACUGCAAAUUAUUUUUUAGCAGAGCAUAAGCCGGUCUAAUGACCAGCUUUUAUCAAAGGGGCAUGCAGGGGCGGACUGACAACUCAUGCAGGCCCCCGGGCAAUAGGGGAUCAUGGGGCCCCUGUGUCCUUGGCCAAACUCAAAAAAGCCUAUGAAAAUGGUACCAGGGGCAUCUCAUGGGGCCCCCUAUUGACCCCAGGCCCUCGGGCAGUGCCCGAGUUUCCAAUUGGUCAGUCCGCCCCUG